AUGGCGAUUAAAGGGGAAGGGCCCAGGGUCAUCGGGGCCAUGUGGGCUUUGACGGUUGUUGCGUUAGUCUUUGUCGUGCUGAGGGCGUAUACGAGAAUCUUUAUCGUCAAGUCGCUCGGCAUCGACGACCAUGUCUAUAACUUAGCCUGGAUAUUCCUCCUCCUAGACACCGUCUUCACCACCGUCGCAGUCGACUACGGCGUCGGCCAAGAUAUGGACGAUGUCAUCCAGAACAACUCUUCCGAUCUAGCCCCCGCGCUCAUCUUCGAAGCCGUCAGUCAAAGCUUCGCGAUAGUAGGAAUGAGUUUAGCGAAAUGGUCACUUGGUUUAUUUCUGCUUCGCCUGGUGAAGCAGCAAUGGCACAAAGUAGCUAUUUGGAUAUCGAUGGCUAGUUUGAUCUGCGCUUCCAUUACUGUCUGCUUUGUGUACUGGCUGCAGUGCACGCCGCCGAAUUAUCUCUGGGAUAGGACUAUACCUGGUGGACGCUGUACGGUGGACACGGCUCCUGCGUCCAUGUUGCUCUGCAUUCUUUGCGUUGUGGUGGACUUUUUUCUGGCUGGCUUCCCUUGGUUGUUUAUCUGGGGGUUGCAGAUGAAGAUGAAAGAGAAGAUUGUCAUUCUCAGCAGCCUCAGUCUUGGCGUCAUUGCUGGGGCUUUUGGUAUCAAGAGGACUCUUGAAGUCCCAAAGCUUAAGAGUCCGAAUCACACAAAGGACCCUGUAGGCUUGAUCGUCUGGUCCGCCGCCGAGAUGACCGUAACAAUGAUCUGCAUCGGCAUCCCCGUCUGCAGACCACUUUACAAGAAGUAUUUCAGCAAAUGGAGUUCUCGCAACAGCAGCAAGUAUCAACAGAACUCUGGCGCAUCAUAUCCUCUUCAAACCAUUGGUGGGAGUACAAUGUAUCCAGCGCAGGUACACAAGAAAGACAGCACGUCCGAAGCCUCCGUGCAAGAGUAUGAGCGGAGGGGCGUGAGAAGUUCAUUUAACAAGAACAAGGUGUUUGCAAAAGGGGCGGAGAGGGGAUAUGGUGAUAAUCAGAGUGAGGAGGAGAUUCUGGGGCCUGAUUUUCGGAGGAGUCAACGGCAGGACAUUGAGGGACAAUAUUAUUGA